AUGCUUCCCCUCUCUGCACUCUCCGCCUUCAGCCACAUCCCGGACAGACGGGAAGGGCCUCCGGAGCUCAGCUAUUUCCACCGGGAGUGCAAGACAGGAGAUGUUUCCACUUAUGAUUCCAUUUUUAAAAUACCAGAGGGUUACAACAAAAAUCUUCACCGAUGUGACAGAGAACAUGCAAAGAGUCGUGGUCUUAACAUUAAUGAGGAGGAAAUGGCAAGACCUGUCGCUGUUUUGUCAUCUUCAGAGUAUGGGAGACGCAUAAAUAAACCCAUAGAGCAACCAAUCAGAGCUCAUGCAAGGAUUAAUCACGUGCAGGCAGAAUUCUACAGGAAAAGUGGCAUCAUCUGCUUACUGGAAAAACCUUCUCCAAGCCUGGAUCCGUGCUAA